AUGGCGGGGCAGCACGUGCUGCUUCUAGUCGGUUUCCUACUGCCUGGCCUCCUGCUCUCAGAGGCUGCCAAAAUCCUAACUCUGUCCCUGGUGGGUGGAAGCCAUUCUCUACUGAUGAAUCGGGUCUCUCAGAUUCUUCAAGAUCAUGGUUGUAAUGUUACCUUGCUUCUCCAGAGAGGAAAUUUAUUGCUACCAGGUUUUAAAGAGGAGGAGAAAUCAUACAAAGUUAUUAACUGGUUUCUACCUGAAGACUAUAACAAAGAAUUUAAGAAGUCUUUUCAUUUCUUUAUGGAAGAAACUUUUGAGGGCAGAAGCACAUUUGAACACAUUUUAGCUAUUUUGGAGCAACUAGGGCUUCAGUGCAGUCAUUUGCUAAGGAGAAAUGAUACUAUGAAUUCUUUAAAGAAUGAGAACUUUGACCUGGUGAUAGUGGAAAUUUUUAACUACUGUCCUUUCUUGGUUGCUGAGAAGCUUGGGAAGCCAUUUGUGUCCAUUCUCCCUUCCUCAUUUGGCAGUGUGGACUUUGGACCACCAAGCCCCCUGUCUUAUGUGCCAGUAUUCUAUUCCUUGUUAACUGACCACAUGGACUAAUGGGGCUGAGUAAAGAAUUUCCUGAUGUUCUUUGAUUUCUCCGUGAAGCAGUGGCAGAUCCACUCUAUGUAUGACAACACCAUCAAGGAGCAUUUCCCGGAAGGCUCUAGGCCAGUUUUGUCUCAUCUUUUAAAGAAAGCAGAGCUGUGGUUUGUUAACUCCGACUUUGCCUUUGAGUUUGCUCUGCCCCCGCUUCCUAACACGGUGUAUGUUGGAGGCUUAAUGGCCAAACCUGUUAAAUCAGUACCACAAGUAAAAUAUGAGAAUUUCAUCACCAAGUUUGGAGACUCUGGUUUUGUCCUUGUGGUUCUGGGCUCCGUGGUGAGCAUAAUUCAGUCCCAGGAGAUUCUCAAGGAGAUGAAAGCUGCCUUUGCUCGUCUCCCUCUAGGGGUGAUAUGGAAGUGUAAGCCUUCUCAUUGGCCCAGAGACAUCAAAUUGGUAGCAAAUGUGAAAAUUGUGGACUGGCUUCCUCAGAAUGACCUCCUGGGGCACCCUCACGUCCACCUUUUUGUCACCCAUGGUGGGAUAAAUAGUGUCAUGGAGGCCAUCCAACAUGGCGUGUCCAUGGUGGAGAUUCCCCUCUUUGGAGACCAGCAAAACCUGCUCUGAGUAGAAGCCAAAAAUUUUGGUGUCUCCAUCCAGUUAAAGCAGAUCAAAGCUGAGACACUGGCUCUGAACAUGAAGCAAGUCAUAGAGGACAAGAGGUGUGCAGCUCUCUGGGCUUGUGGUUGCUUACACUGAAUGAAGAUGUAAACCACAACAGGCACCGUGUGGGUCUUUUUUGCAACAAAACUGAAAUUUCCAGGACGUGAAAUAAUAUGUGUGUGACGCUAACAGCUGACUUAUUUCCUAUGAGAGGAAGACUAGAGCAGUUUAGGUUAGAUGCCGAGAAUGAUUUUAUACCUUCUAGCUGUGAGGAACCCGAACUGCUGACACAAGG